AUGACAUCAACUAAAAUUUCUGAUAUAUCAUGGUAUCAUGAUUUUCCACCAUUUUUUACUCUUCAAUCAAAUCUUGAUACGCGUCGUAAACAAAUUGAUGCUUGGUGUUCACUUAUAAUAGAUUAUUGUCGUUUGAAAAAGAUUUGUACAUUUGAUGUAAAUGAUGCUAGUAAAUUUCCACCAUUUUUUAAUGCAAAAAUUCAUCGUCAAUUAGAUAAUAAUUUUAUUCAUAUUUUACUUGAAGAAUUACGUAUUCGAGGUCAUAUUGAAUGGGAAGAUAAAAAUAAACGACGUUGUUUAAUCUUUUGGAAAUCACCUGAAGAAUGGGCUAAAACAAUUUAUCAAUGGAUAACAUCACGAGGUAUGAAUGGAACUGUUUGCACAUUCUAUGAAUUAUUACAUAGUGAUGAUACACGUUCAGCUGAAUUUCAUAAUAUUGAUUCGAAACUUUUUCGUCGUAUACUAAAUGAACUUGAAAAACGUGAUCAAGCGAUUAUAUUUUCUGAAAAUGGUGCUGAUGGUAUGGUUGACGAAGUAACAAAAAAGACUUUAUCAAAUAUUCCAUUAUUAAAAACUAAAGCAAGUCCACGUGAUGGUGAACAAUGGCGACAAAGACUUAAAGAAGAACUUCAAGCAUUAAUACAAUAUGUUAAAAAUAACAAGGAUGCUGAUAAUGACUGGUUUCGUCUUGAAUCAAAUCAAGAAGGAACUCGUUGGUGGGGAAAAGCAUGGACAAUUCAAGAUAUGUUACGUUAUGAAUUUGAUAUUGAAUUUGAUAUACCUGUUACAUAUCCAAUGACAGCACCUGAAAUUGCAAUACCAGAUCUUGAUGGAAAAACGGCAAAAAUGUAUCGUGGAGGAAAAAUUUGUAUGACUGAUCAUUUUCAACCAUUAUGGGCUCGAAAUGUACCACGUUUUGGUAUUGCACAUGCACUAGCCCUUGGUCUUGGUCCUUGGUUGGCUGUUGAAAUACCAGAUUUAAUUGCUCGUGGUGUUGUCGUACAUAAAGAACGAGAAACAGCUAGUGGUAAUAGUGCAUCAUCAAUGAAAUAA